AGAAGUAUUUUCGUUUCUGUAUCGCUACUUUAUGCCAGAUAACCUUCAAUAUCUCCCUCUGUUUUCUAUGAUACCGCCGUAACGUUUGAGUAUUUUUGUUUUCGCUAUGUUAACAGAUUGUUCGAAAUUUAGCACUUUGAAGUUCUUUGAAAACAUUUCAACUUCAUAAUAUAGUUUGUUUUUUUCCAAUUCCUAACGCAAUAGUUUUUUAUUGAAUUUGACAUUUAUUCGCACGUAGAAUAAUUGAACCUGGGUUUAUGAUCUCUCUCCCAAUUGGUGAGUUUCGUUAGGUCGGUAUUCGUAAAACGUGUUGACCUUGAACAAGAACGAUGGUCUUUUGUCGGUAGGACGCUUAGUGCGCGAUGAAAAUAGUUCGAGUUAAAUGUAUUAAUUUUUUGACGAAGCCCUGUUUAGUUUAUUGAAAAUCGUCAAUCUUGCAUACAAUUUAAUAAAAUUAAGCUCAAUAAAGUUUAAAAUAUGUAUGAAAUCAUAAUUUAUUUUCACUAACACACGCCAUGAUUGCAAUAGUACUAACUGCUUCGCCAUCUACCCGGUGAUUUCCUAAAACAGCCAUUUUGUCGUGUUGGCGUUGUGGUGUAUUUGGUAUCAGUAAGCCCGACGUUUUUUGCAUCAAAUUUUAAGGAUUGUGGUACAUCCAAGAUGCCAGGCUUCAGCAGUGCUGGGACCUUUAAGGUUUUUGUUGGAAACUUGGCUGAUAAGACCACAUCAGCUGAUAUCAAGCCAUUGUUUGAAAAAUAUGGCAAAGUCGUAGAGUGUGAUGUUGUGAAGAACUUUGGUUUUGUGCACAUGGAGAAUGACGAUGCCGGCAGAGAAGCGAUAACGAACCUCAAUGGAUACCUGGUACAUGGGCAGGCGAUCAAAGUAGAAGCUGCGACCAAUCGCAAGGCACCCCAAACUCCCACCACAAAAAUUUUUGUUGGCAAUCUCACUGAAAACACAAAGGCCCCUCAAGUUCGUGCACUUUUUGCCAAGUUUGGCACAGUGAUGGAAUGUGACAUAGUGAAGAAUUAUGGCUUUGUGCACAUUGAAAGCACUGACAAGGUGAACGAGGCCAUCAAAGAGCUGAACGGCUUCAUGAUUGACGGCCAGCCGAUGAAGGUGCAGGUGUCUACCAGCAGAGUCCGCCAGCGGCCGGGCAUGGGCGACCCCGAGCAGUGCUACAGGUGUGGCAGGGGCGGUCACUGGUCCAAGGAGUGUCCGAAGGCCGGUCUGGGGGGCCCGGACAGAAAUGGCUUCCGGGAGAGGAUGUUUGGGCGUGAGCCGUACCCUCCUCCCCCGCCGCCACCUUUCCUCCGGGACAGGAUGUUGGGCAGAUUUGGUGAGGGCUUCUACGGAGACUUCUACGACAGGAGCAGGUUUGAUGAAUCGCGAGAGCUGUUCGAGCGUCGCUUCCCCCCUCUGCCGCCGCGCGACCUGGGCCCCUCCCUGAGGGGCAGGGAGUUCCUCCCGCCGCCCCUUCCCCCCAGGCGCGAGCCCCUCCCCCCGCCCCCGCCCAUCGGGCUGCGCUCGGCCGGGUCGAUGCGCGAGGGGGGCUUCGACCGCGCUGGCUCCGACUACGGCAUCUUCAGCCGGCGGUCGCCCACGUCGUCCGGGGUGCCUCCCAGCCGGUUCAGUCGCAUGUAUGAAGAUUUCAGCAGGGACAGUUUUGACGACAGAAGACCGGCCAUUCGUGGAGCUUCGCCGCCUCGCCGAUAUGCACCGUAUUAAGAUGCAGUCCGUCGCCGUAUAAUGCCGUCGGUCGGGUGAUUGCUCGCUCGUACGGGAAGCCUUGGAACGAACGUGAAGACGGAUUCGUGUGGCGCGGCGGGACGUGGCAGACGGCGCUCCCCCUUUUGUUCGUUUCGCUCGUCUGCUCUCGGGCGGACUUCUGCAGCAGAACAAACUAACUUCACUCAUUAGCAACUGCUAUAUGUGUAACUUUAAUUUUCUUGACAAUGAGUAGUGUGUGUUUGGUCUAUAAAAAUAUAAAUUUGCUUUUAUAUAAGAAAGACUCAUUGGAUUAGUGGUAGACAAGAUUCGUGCAGGAGACAUUAGAUGUGUCUUAGUUGUAAGUCACGUUGUGACAAUCGGCAUGGUUCAAGCUUCAUAUCUGCCGUAAUAAAAUAAUCGUAGGACAUUUCUGUGUAAAAAAUGUUGUUCAUCCUGUCUCGUGUGAAUUGUUUUCAUUACAUUUUAACAUGGUUGGUGUGGUGAUAAAGUUGUAUCUUUUUUUUAAAAAAAGACUGUAUAUCAUCUCACUUCUGUGUGUUUUCACAUUCCUUAAAAACCUCUUCUCUUCACCAUUUUAUCCCAUUGCACCUUCACCAUGGAUUUCCUCUCAUUGUGAUGGGCUUUGCACCGUCGGAAAUAUUCAAAACAGUUGCCGAGACGACCCGGGAACUCGCUGUUAAGGCUUCCCGUAUCGGUCUUUUAGAACGCGUCGCGGAUCAAACGUGACAUUGAAGGUAUGAUUUGUACUAAGUUUUCUUUCUUGAUGUAGUAUUUCUAUUAUAAUAAAUGGUGUGAAUUGUAUUGUGAGAUCUGUUGGCAUUUAUUUCAAUAAAUACGAAUGAUCGUGCCUGUG